CCUACAUUUACCCUUAUAUUUAAGAAAUCAACAGCUAAGUAUCAAGAACCAGAAUGUAAUAACACUACAAGAUGCAGUUCACACAUACGCAAUUUUACACUUCUUUCUAUAGGAUUGCAGCUCUGCAUUUCCUUGUGUCACUCCUCAGAAGACAAGAAAUCCCAAAAAUCUACUUCUGAGAAACAAGGCCCAGAAGAUCAUCUUUAUGUUCUAGAGCACAAUCUUCACCAACUGAUCAGAGAGUUCCACAAGCAGACCCUGAGCAGCAACGUGAUGCCUCAUCCGGCUAGCGCUCCUUUUGGCCACAAAAGAAUGAGGCUGGCAGGACCUCAGGCGCUGGAUAAAAACGAAAUCGGUUCCUUGCAACCCAGCGAGGGGCUGCUGGAGAAGAUCGUAAAGCAAGCAAAGCACAUCUUUCUGAGACGUGCGACUGCUCGGAUGAUCGACAGUCUUGCCAGCCGAAUCGAGGAUCCCCAGAUUCAAGCCCAUUGGUCCAACAUCAAUGACGUGUACGAGUCAAGUGUCAAGGUUCUGAUUACCUCCCAAGGCUACGAGCAGAUAUGCAAUACGGAACGGUCCAGAAAGUGGCAGUAAAAUCAUGGUGCAAUUCCCACGGUGCCAGUGCAAAGAUCUUCCUAAAAGUGACGUGUUGCAAGACAACAAAUGGAAUUACCUGCGUGGCCCCUUCAAGGAAGUCCAGUGGAACAAAAUGGAAGGACGUAAUUUUGUAUACAAAAUGGAGCUUCUCAUGGCCGCACUGACUCCUUGUUCCUAGGUCAGGGGUUGGCAACCUUAAACAGAG